CCCGCCCCCCGCCCCCCGCUCCCAUCCCCAGUGCCGUCAAAGCGAACCCGGGCCAGCGCAAGGAUCUCCGAGUUGCGAGUGUGCUGAGGCUGGGACUGUCACUCAUUCUCCGAUCCGCGCGUGAACGCAGCUCGGCAGCGGCUGGCAGGAAACAAUUCUGCAAAAAUAAUCAUACUCAGCCUGGCAAUUGUCUGCCCCUAGGUCUGUUGCUCUGCCGCCGUCCACACUCUCUGCAAGGGGGGGCACAGAAUUUACCGCGGCAAGAACAUCCCUCCCAGCCAGCAGAUUACAAUGCUGCAAACUAAGGACCUCAUCUGGACUUUGUUUUUCCUGGGAACCGCAGUUUCCCUGCAGGUGGAUAUCGUCCCCAGCCAAGGAGAAAUCAGCGUCGGAGAAUCCAAGUUCUUCUUAUGCCAAGUGGCGGGAGAUGCCAAAGAUAAAGACAUCUCCUGGUUCUCCCCCAACGGAGAGAAGCUCACCCCAAACCAGCAGCGGAUCUCCGUGGUGUGGAACGACGACUCUUCCUCCACGCUCACCAUCUACAAUGCCAACAUUGAUGACGCCGGCAUUUACAAGUGUGUGGUCACUGAUGAGAGCGGCAGUGAGUCAGAGGCCACGGUCAACGUGAAGAUCUUCCAGAAGCUCAUGUUCAAGAAUGCACCAACCCCGCAGGAGUUCAGGGAGGGGGAAGAUGCUGUGAUCGUGUGUGAUGUGGUCAGCUCCCUACCCCCCACCAUCAUUUGGAAGCACAAGGGCCGAGAUGUCAUCCUGACGAAAGAUGUCCGAUUCAUAGUCCUGUCCAACAACUACCUGCAGAUCCGGGACAUCAAGAAAACAGAUGAGGGCACUUAUCGCUGUGAGGGCAGGAUCCUGGCACGGGGGGAGAUCAACUUCAAGGACAUUCAGGUCAUUGUGAACGUGCCGCCCACUGUCCAGGCCAGGCAGAGCAUCGUGAAUGCCACCGCCAACCUCGGCCAGUCCGUCACCCUGGUGUGCGAUGCCAAAGGCUUCCCAGAGCCCACCAUGAGCUGGACAAAGGAUGGGGAACAGAUAGAGAACGAGGGAGACGAGAAGUACGUCUUCAGCGAUGACAGUUCUGAGCUGACCAUCAGGAAGGUGGAUAAGAACGACGAGGCCGAGUACGUGUGCAUUGCCGAGAAUAAGGCUGGAGAGCAGGAUGCAUCCAUCCACCUCAAAGUCUUUGCGAAACCCAAAAUCACUUAUGUAGAGAACCAGACCGCCAUGGAACUAGAAGAACAAGUCACUCUGACCUGUGAAGCCUCAGGAGACCCCAUUCCCACUAUCACCUGGAGGACUUCUACCCGGAACAUCAGCAGCGAAGAAAAGGCUUCGUGGACUCGACCAGAGAAGCAAGAGACUCUGGACGGGCACAUGGUGGUGCGUAGCCACGCCCGAGUGUCGUCCCUGACCCUGAAGAGCAUCCAGUACACAGACGCCGGAGAAUACAUCUGCACCGCCAGCAACACCAUCGGCCAGGACUCCCAGUCCAUGUACCUGGAAGUGCAAUAUGCCCCCAAGCUGCAGGGCCCCGUGGCUGUGUACACAUGGGAGGGGAACCAGGUGAACAUCACGUGCGAGGUAUUUGCCUACCCCAGUGCUACCAUCUCGUGGUUUCGAGAUGGUCAGCUGCUGCCAAGCUCCAACUACAGCAAUAUCAAGAUCUACAACACCCCCUCCGCCAGCUAUCUAGAGGUGACCCCAGACUCUGAAAAUGAUUUCGGAAAUUACAACUGUACUGCAGUGAACCGCAUUGGACAGGAGUCUUUGGAGUUCAUCCUUGUCCAAGCAGACACCCCAUCUUCACCAUCCAUCGACCAGGUGGAGCCAUACUCUAGCACAGCCCAGGUGCAGUUUGAUGAACCAGAGGCCACCGGUGGGGUGCCCAUCCUCAAAUACAAGGCUGAGUGGAGAGCAGUGGGCGAGGAAGUGUGGCAUUUCAAGUGGUAUGAUGCCAAAGAAGCCAACAUGGAGGGCAUCGUCACCAUCGUGGGCCUGAAGCCCGAAACUACGUACGCCGUGCGACUGGCGGCCCUCAACGGCAAGGGUCUGGGUGAGAUCAGCACGGCCUCUGAGUUCAAGACGCAGCCAGUCCACAGCUCUCUUCCACUGGCUCCUGCUAGCUCUGCCACCCCUGUUCCAUUGUCUCCUCCAGAUACAACCUGGCCUCUUCCUGCCCUCACAACCACAGACCCGGCUAGGGAACCCAGCGCACCUAAGCUCGAAGGGCAGAUGGGAGAGGACGGAAACUCUAUUAAGGUGAACCUGAUCAAGCAGGAUGACGGCGGCUCCCCCAUCAGGCACUACCUGGUCAAGUACCGAGCGAAGCUCUCCUCCGAGUGGAAACCAGAGAUCCGGCUCCCGUCUGGCAGUGACCACGUCAUGCUCAAGUCCCUGGAGUGGAAUGCUGAGUAUGAGGUCUACGUGGUGGCUGAGAACCAGCAGGGCAAGUCCAAGGCGGCUCAUUUUGUGUUCAGGACCUCGGCCCAGCCCACGGCCAUCCCAGCGACCCUGGGAGGCUGCUCUGCGUCCUACACCUUUGUCUCAUUGCUUCUCUCUGCAGUGACUCUGCUUUUGCUCUGUUAGGAUCUCGAACACACACACACACACACACACACACACACAAUUAAGUUUGCUUAAUGCCCAGUUCCUCUGAGAGUGAUCAGUGCCCCCUCUGGAAGAACCUGUCAGGACCGCCACGGCCACGCCGCCAAGCACUCUGUGUGGAAGAGGAAGGUUUGGUGACUGGAAAAAGCGGGACCUCCAGACAUUUUAUUUACCAUUCACAGGUCCGCUUGUGCGGGUUCACGAGGAUGUUUGCCCCUUUCUAAUGGCAGAAUGAAAAUAUUUGGGAGCACUUUUCUUUAAACACUGUUUUUUUAAAAAGCAUUAUGCUAGGUUUACAGAGAAGUUUCUGCGCAUCUGCUACCUGUUGCAUUUUGUUGUUGUUCUUCCCUGAAAAUGAUGUAGCAGAGGAAAAUGUCUAAGUACCUCCCGAAGCUUGCAUCAGAUUGUUCGAAUCACCACGUGCUCCCCACCCCGUUCUAACCCCAUGCUCCUCCUCUGCCCUUCAAAAAGUAGUCGGCUUCGCUUGCAUUGACAUGCCCAUGGUAAGAGAGCCAGACCACUGGGAUGCACCCGAGCAUUUUGCUAACACGAUGGGCAGAGUCAGUCACCCCGUUACCCAUACAGUGGAAGAAAUUGGACUUGUUAGGCAUUAUCUGGGGCUGCUCAGAUGUUCUGGGAGGCACUUUGGUCCUGGUAUUACAACGAGCAGCCCCAACAGAGCCAGCCUGUGAUGCACCCAGUACCCGUCAGCUUUAUGAGAUGGGUGUCCCCCCAGUCAGAGUGAUUCGGGCUGCCCAGCAGCGAGCCGCAGAUCAGCACAGAGGCUCGUGUCUUGGGGGUUGUGGUCUGACAGUCUCGCAUACACGUCAGUCCCCAAGUUGGAGGUAUCCACCUCGAGCCAGGCACGGGUCACGCACUCCCCACCCCCCCCGCCACACACACACUCUCACCAGAGCAGAAGGAUGGGGACAGGUCACUCCUGGACUGCCCAGGGCGUCCACAUACAGCAAUUCCGUCAGCCUGUCCUACUUCCCAAAUGCCCCAACCCCCCAUAGUGGUCGGUGGCUUUAGUGACAUUUAAAAAAUUCUGGUGACCACCAGCUAGUCCUCUCUGCUGUUGGGGGGCACACCCCUCCGCGUGCCCAGGAGAGAGGCUCGCUAAAGUCUCGCACGGAGGCUCGGCUGGAUCCUGCUCAGUACCAUCUGUGCGCACUUGGGGAUGGACCUUCUACUGAAUAAAACCUCCCUCCCUCCAUUGUGGUCACAUCAUUCUACAUAUCUCAUCUCUAAACAUCCCACAGAAGUUUGAUUUGUUCUUUUUGUUUAUUUUUUAGUUCUGUUUGUUCUUGGUUGGUUUUUUUUUUUUUUUAAUUAAUGUUUGAAGACUAGUCUUUCCCUUUGGGAAUCCCAGUGAUCCCGUCUGCGGGGCAGAGCUGCCCAUGUCGGUGGGCCCGUGUCCCCCAGCGCUCACCAUUUAGAGGCUCAUGCGCAGACACUGGAGGCCGCACUUUGCCCAGCAGCUCAGGCAGGUAGCGCCUCUCACCCCAGCCCUGUCUGCUCCCCAGCCCCACCUCAGACCUCUUCCCCUGGGGUCCCUACUCUGCCUUCACACCAGCGUAAGACAAGCAGGCGUGGUUCUUAGGCACAAGGCGGAGCAUCGAGGAGAGACACGCGGUGCCUCCAGGCCUGGCAUAAGAAUCCCAGGUCAGUUAGCAAGAGCUCUGGGGAGGGUGAGGGAAGGAGGGAUCUGUCCUCAAGCGAGUGACCCGUCACUGUCCUCCCGGCUCCUGGCGUGCUCUUGAUAGCAUCUUGGGCAGAAGUCCUGUGUUCACCCAAAAGGGCCCAUCGCGGAGGUCUGCCCCAGCCUGGUCCCAUUCCCACCCACAGGGGAGGGCCAGUGUCAGUGUUUCCGAAGGGACUCUGGAGAUCUAGCCCAAAGUGUAGGGAGGCCUGACACGACCCGUCUCCCCACCCCCAGCACACCCCAGGCGAGGCAGGGCCUCAGCCAAAGCUACUUUGGGGUCAAUGCCGGCAGGCCCUGGUUUUAACAGGAUGCCUUUCGAGAGACAGUGUUAGGGCACACUCACUCCCCCCCCGGACACCGUUCUCAGUGACGGCUGUGGCCCCCGGCCCCACCAGCGGUCCCCAAGGUAGCAGCCCUUCGAGACCCCCGCGGGAGGAAGCACUUGCCCCCUCGCUCAGCUGCCCGCGCCGCCGCGCCCCGUCCAGCGCUGCCACGCUCCACAUGCCGCGGGGUUCCUCUGCUCACUUCCGAAAUAUUGAUACGGCAGGUUUGGAUCACGUUUGUUACUAAUAAGAAUGCUAACACUGUUGUGUAGAUAAUCAGCGAGGCCUUGAUGAAGUUUACACCUUUGCGUUAUUAAAGGAAAUAACAGUCCACGUGAACUCACCAGCGUGUUUUGAUUUUAUUGAAUAGUGUGUCCUACAAAAUGUCAAAAGCCCUUUCCUUCCACCUCACGUGUACCUGAACAACUCUGAUUACUCCAAAUUGCACCCCAAACUUGUAGCCUGCUGCUUGGAGUUCUAGCAAAGGAAAUGCUUUCCUUUCCUGAUGAGGAGCUAUGCGCUUUGCUUAGCUGCCCUGAGAACUCUUGUGGGUCAUUGCCUCCUUGGACGCUUCUGGUCCCCAGCAGGCAGGGGGAGGGGACAGUCCCUUUGCAGACCCAGGAGGUGGUCACUUUGGGGUCAGAGGCGCACUGUGGGCCACCAGACGUACAACGCUGUAGCUAGGGCUCCUGAUUUCCCUGCUCCCAUUAGAACCCCGUAACAGAGGCUUCGCAGAGUGGCCUUGUGAUGGAAUGUGAGAGAAGGCUCUUGUUGGCAAAUCCUAUUCUGUUUAUAAUCACACUUAGUAGGACACUUCCUGGAAGCCCUUGAGACCAGCUGUCUGUUUAACAGCGGCUUCUGGGAAGGAGCGAGCAGACAGGUAUGGGGUUAUGAGUGAACCAGAGCCCCAGCUUGGUGGAAGGGGUCGCUCUGCUGCACAAAGAGCUGGUGACACAGUGACUCAGGCCCGUCUAGUGUCUGUAAAAUGUGAAACCCAGAUUCUCAUUUUGAGGCAUUUAAGAAAGGUGUAUGUAGGUCUCCAUCUUGGGGCAGCCGGGUCCCUGUUCAGGGUCAACCCUUCCCAUGCCGGGAACCACAGAAGAUGGACAGCCCCGCGUUCGCAGCAUCACCGUUGGGACCGCUCUGACCCUGGAGGUUAUGGAGGCGCUCGCUGCUCCCAAGAAACUCUUUGCGUGUGGGUCUGUGGCUGGGACUGGGACCAGGCCAGUGGCAAGGUCAGGCAAAGAUAGACCCCUGGAAGGUUAUGUUUCCCUUUUAUAAACUGUUACCUGAGGUACGGGGGACACCCUUUGUCCUUCUGGCUUUCCUGGGCUACAGCCCUGUAUCAUCCGCGAGGGCUAGUGGGUUUUGGCUUGACUUCAAUAUACUUUCCUCCAUUUCCUGGUGUUUCCCUUAUUUUCAGUUUUUUUGUUUAGGUUUGGUUUUUGGGUUUUUUUUUUUUUUUGUAGAAGCUAUGCACACUCUAGCUUGAGGAGCGCCUUACUCCCUCUGGAAGUCAAGACUCUUAGUGGUGAACUGGGUGGCCCUUUCUCCUUCAGGGGCAGUCUGUACUCUCUCCAUCCGCUCGGUAUGCUAGGUCAAGGCCACGCGGUGAGACCGCACACCCCCUCCUCGGGCGGCGAGUCAUAGAGCAGCUGUUACUCGUUGUAGGGCAGGCUCGACGGGACCUGAAAACGGCACUCCCCCAACUCCGCUGUGUAUGAGGAUCACCCGGGCUGUUCCUCCAAAUCCUGAUCCCUGAGCCUCACCCCCAGAGAUUCUGAUUCCGUAGAAUUGCGGAGCCCCAGAGUCUAAAUUUACAGCACCCCAGGAAUUGUGCUGCAGGUGGACAGACAUUAUGCUAAAAGGUGUUUAUUUUCCACAUAAAAAAAAAAAAAUCACAAGAAUCAGUGAAUAAAAACAGGGCCUACUGAGUGUUGUAGGCUUCCAAGAAAAAGUACCUUGCACGGGGUGCUGCUGGACGGUGACGUGGGACGGUGGGCUCUUGUGGUUGAGGGGGGUGUGGAGAUGCCGUCAACCCAGGCCCUGCCCCGCACGGGGACCUCUUCCAGAGCAUUACGGAACCACUGCCAAGGGGUCGUCCGGCCUCUGCUCGACUCCCUCCAGCCACAGGGGGCUUGCCUGCCAAAGCAGCUCACCCUCUGUUAGUUCUUUCUCGAGGGGAGCGGAAAUCUACCCCGGAUCCUAUAGUUUCUAUCCAGUUUCCAUCCAGCAGUGAUACUGAACAAGACUACUUCUUCCAUUUCACAGUCCACCUGUAAAUCUCUGGAGAUGGCCUUCUCAUCUCCAGACUCAACACCCACUCAUUUUUUUUUUUGACAAAUACUCUUUGAACAUUUCCUAUCAGUCAGGUUGUCCUAGAUGCUGGGGAGACAUAAGACAGAGUACCUGGUAGAACCUUCCAGAAGGGACAGCCAAAUAAAAAGCAGGUAAAUGAAGAGAAAAUGUCAGCUAGAGGUAAAAAGAGAAGAAAGCAGGUAAUGUGGUAGAUAGUGGGCAGAGGUGCCUCACUAGAUAAGAGAUCGGGGGAUGGAGGGAGAGGGCUCUAUGACAAAGUGACCUUUGAGCCGAGGCCUGUGGGAUGGCAAAGAGCCACCCAGGAAGUUAUGGGGCUGGAGUGUUGAAGGCAAGGGGUCAGCAAGGGCCUGAGGCAGGAAUGGGCUGGGUGUGCUCAGCAGGUGGUGUGAAGGCUCUGGCCUGAGCACGAGGAUGGGAGGGUGGAGGGCCAGUGCCAUGAGUCACAACAAUCAGAAGAGUGGGACUGUCUAUAGCCCGUGUAGGGCCUUCGGGCCAAGAGGAAGAGUCUGAAUUUUAUCUCUGCUAGAAGGGAAGACCACUUCCCUUUCUGUCUCACGUCACAGGGGUCUUUGUACCCUUCUGGCCUUUCCCCAGUGCGUGCGCGUGGUGCUGGCCUUCAGACCAAGGCAGCCCUCUGGCUGGGGCUGAUGAGCCCAGAGCAUAAGCUGGACAACUGCCGCCUCACACACGCGGAGCCACUUGGCGGUGGUUUGUCAUCCUCUUUAGAGAGCAUUUGUCCCCUAAAACCGUAUUUAUGUGUAUACUCAGAAGGUACAGUUUGUACCACUGAGCCCGAAAACACAAACACUGUCCCCUCACGCAAAUACUUCUGGCUCCUUCUUGGGGAAGCAGGCACUCAGCACCUGCGGAGCACUGACGUCAGCAGCGGCUUCCGGCCCAGUGUCUCGGGCUCGAGAGAAAGCCCAAGGCUGCUAUCCCCUCCCUGCUCGGGGAAGCAGCUCUGGGACUCUGAAGAUCAGGAAGGCUUGCAUGCCUCUGUGCUUAUUGGGGUGGAAUGUGUAAGGACCUGCGAGAGAAGAAUGGUUGCUUUAUUCUGCUUCCGUGAGCUGCUAGGGAAAAGACCCCCCUCUAGCGGACCUCGGGGGCCGGCCGGCCGUUUCCUGCCGCCGAAGUCCGGAGAUGGCGUGGCCAGAGCUGGGUCCUCUGGGUUCAGAGCCCUUGGUCCAUCUUGAUGCCUUCCUGGGCAUAGCCUAGGGUUUUCAGUGUGGGUUGGAUGGGACCAGCCAGCGAGCCUAAGGAGAAAAGGCUGGGAAGCAAGACCAAGGUCCCAAAGAAGCCACAAAUAUUCGAGAAUUUGAGAAUCUUCUCCAACUAAGGCCCAUCUGUGCCACGGGUACUGCGAAUUAAGCUGUGAGCAAGCAGUCGUCUCUGGCGUGCUGGGCUGGUGGUUCGUACCCUGAAUUAAACUUUGAAACAAAGACCAGUGGGGUAGGAUCACUGCUGAAGAAGCCCCAUGGAGCCUGAGCAGGAACCCCUGGGCAGACAGACGAGUGCCCCCAGGAACACAGACUGCGUGUAAAAGAAGAACGUGGCCCGUCUGUAGCACCUGUCACCUUGGACUACACGUUCCUCUGUUACGUGGUGUGAUACAUGGCUGGCAGCCCAGCGGGCCUGGCCUGGUGCACAGCAAAGGCCCAGUGAGACCACAUAGUGUUGGCCACAGUGACUGCCUCUAGUGGGCAGACCGGGGUGAUCCCAGCGGGUCCCGCCAGCACAGGAAGCCUCAGACAAGGUCCAGGGGUGGGGUGGGGCUGCCAGUCUGGUACUCCACCCUUCCAGAAGAAAAAUGAAGCAGACGUGCUCAUGUUUCAGUCUGAGGUCAUGGUCUCCAUGCUGACUUGUGGGCAGAGCCCUGCUGGCUCCUGGCUUCCCAGAGCAUAACCACGUGUCUCCCAGACACUGGAGGGACUCACCAGUCAGGGGGCCACCUCAGCCAAAUCACAGCUAUCACAAGGGGGCCUAGGGAGCUGAGCCUGGGCCCUUCUGUGAGACCAUCAAUCCCCCGGGGCCCAGGG